AUGUCGUCGAACGGAACGGAAACGGCUGUCGUUGCUAUUCCUCCUAAGAAAACUAAAAUCAAGAAACUGAGGCCAGCCCGAAAGCAAGUAAAGCCCGGCGAUGUUGAAAAGAAGGAGACGCCUCAAACAGGAAAGGAAUACAACAUUUGGUACAACAAAUGGGCUGGUGGUGACAGAGAAGAUAGUUACUCAAACAAAACCAAGUCUCAAACGCGCUGUAAUAUCAAGCUGGACUCUGGACUAACUCGCGCCAACACAACUGGGAUGAAAUACUGCUGUUUAUUUUUUUCCCGCGGGUGCUGUCCUUAUGGCUGGGAAUGCGAGUACCUACACACACUUCCGGAUCCAUCCACUGCACUACCGGAUAGUUCGAAAGACUGUUUUGCGAGAGACAAGUUCGCAGACUAUCGUGAUGAUAUGGGUGGUGUCGGGAGCUUCAACCGUCAAAACCGGACAUUAUAUGUUGGGAGAAUUAAAGAGACCGGUACCGGACUAGAGACGGAGGAGGUGGUUAGAAGACAUUUCAAAGAGUUCGGCGAAAUUGAGCAUGAUGACUCGGAAACAGGAUGGGCCGUCAAGGUGUUGCAAUACCGCUCCGUUGCUUUCGUCACCUACAAAUCUGAAUUUCACGCUCAAUUCGCUAAAGAAGCAAUGGCGUGUCAAUCCCUCGACAACGACGAAAUACUCAACGUCCGAUGGGCGACCGAGGAUCCUAACCCAGUUUCCAAAGUGAACGAAAAGCGUCGUUUAGAGGACAUGGGCCAGGCUGUAAUUCGUGAGAAGAUGGACCCCAGAGUGGUAGAUGCCAUGCGGACCAUUAGGGCCUUGGAAGAUGGUGAUGUACUUGACGAAGAUGGAAAUCUUCUCGAAAAUGGUCCAAUGGACGCGGACAAGGAAGACGACGAAGGCUCUGACCGUGGAGCUAAGCGACGAAAACUUGAUGUAGACGAUCGAGUUUCGAUUUCUCCACCUCCCCAACAAGAACUCCCAAAACUUACAGGUUUACUCAGUGCUGAUACUAUGGACAGCCUCAAGUACUUCUCAGAAAUUCGAAAAAGAAAUGGCAUUCAACCUUCAACCGCAGUUCGAAUAACAAAACCAUCUGCGGGGCUUGGUCUUGGGGACUAUGGUAGCGAUGACGAGGAUUGA